GGCAGGGCUAGUAACCCGGGCGGGGGUCUUGGCACCCAGAGCGCUCCGAAUACCACGGACAACAGAACCGCCAGUACCCGCCUCCACUCCCGCUAGCCGGGUGCUCCUGGGGCCGCGGGGUGUUGCUAUAAGACACUUGGGCCAGCUGCUGGGCAGUAACAUGGGACCGGGUGCUUGUGCCCUGGUGCUGGUUAUAUCCAUAUUCUAACUAAAGUGCCCCCUGGGAAGUGACUGGCUACCACCUGCACAGGGGGGUGACAUUGUGUUUUGAAGGCUGUCUCUCCCAACCUGGGACACUGGACUGAUCACCUGCAGGUCAGUCCUAUUUGCACCGCUCCAGUUUUGUUCUAAUGGGUUGCUGGGAUUGAGGGUAGGUGGAAGGAAGUGAGGGUCCCAAGGUACAGGAGUAAAAUGCAGACUCUAUUCCAACGCCUAGCUCCCUCACAGUCUCUCUGCCCGCCCCCGUCUUUAGCAUCUCAUCAGCAAUUCUGACUCGUACCCCUCCCCACUUUGGCCCUGCUGGGGUCAGUGAUCUGCUCAGUGCUGUGAAGAAGAAACUGCUGCAGGCAGGCCAGAGCAGGAAAAUUACCUUCUUCCUUCUCUAGCCCAUCCCCUGACACCCUGGCCAUUAACUUCUCAACUUGCUGAGCUCAUUGGAAUGGCAUAGACAAGGUCUGCCACAAUGCUACUGCUGCUGCACAGAGCUGUAGUCCCAGGGCUUCGACAGGCCUGCAGACUCAAGUCAACCCCCUCAAGGUUCUGCAUACAGGCCUGCUCUACAAAUGAUUCGUUUCAGCCCCAGCACCCCAGCCUCACCUUCUCUGGUGGUAACUCCAGCACCAGGGGUUGGAGAGUCAUGGGAACCCUGCUAGGCCUCGGUGCAGUGUUGGCCUAUCAUGACCAUCGGUGCAGGGCUGCUCAGGAGCCACCACACAUAUACACGAGGGAGGAAGUGAGAUCCCACAGCAGCCCUGAGACUGGGAUCUGGGUGACUUUGGGCUCUGAGGUCUUUGAUGUCACAGAAUUUGUGGACCUACACCCAGGGGGGCAAUCAAAGCUGAUGCUAGCAGCCGGGGGUCCUCUAGAGCCCUUCUGGGCCCUCUAUGCUGUUCACAACCAGCCCCACGUGCGUGAGAUACUGGCUCAGUACAAGAUUGGGGAGCUGAGCCCCGAAGACAAGGCACCCUCCACCUUGAAGACCUCUGACCCUUACGCUGAUGAUCCUAUACGUCACCCAGCUCUGAAGAUCAACAGCCAGCGCCCCUUUAAUGCAGAGCCCCCUCUUGAGCUGCUGACAGAAAACUACAUUACACCCAACCCUAUCUUCUUCACCCGGAAUCAUCUACCUGUACCUAACCUGGACCCAGACACCUACCGCCUGCAUGUAGUAGGGCCACCUGGGGGUCAGUCCCUCUCCCUAUCCCUGGAUGACUUGUACCAGUUCCCCAAACACGAGGUCACUGUCACUCUGCAGUGUGCUGGUAACCGGCGCUCUGAGAUGACUCAGUUCAAAGAAGUAAGAGGUCUGGGGUGGAAUGCAGGGGCUAUUAGCACUGCACGCUGGGCUGGAGCACGGCUCUGUGAUGUGUUAGCCCAGGCUGGUCACCAACUCUCUGAAACUGAGGCCCAUGUCUGCUUUGAGGGACUGGACUCAGACCCCACAGGGACUGCCUAUGGAGCAUCCAUUCCUCUGGCUCGGGCCAUGGACCCUGAAGCUGAGGUCCUGCUGGCAUAUGAGAUGAAUGGGCAGCCUCUGCCUCGUGACCAUGGCUUCCCUGUGCGGGUGGUGGUUCCUGGUGUGGUGGGUGCCCGCCAUGUUAAAUGGCUGGGCAAAGUGAGUGUGGAACCAGAGGAAAGUUACAGCCACUGGCAGCGGCGAGAUUACAAAGGCUUCUCUCCGUCUGUGGACUGGGACACUGUAGAUUUUGACUCGGCUCCAUCUAUUCAGGAACUUCCUGUCCAGUCAGCCAUCACACAGCCCAAAGAUGGGGAGACAAUAGAGUCAGGGGAGGUGACUGUGAAGGGCUAUGCAUGGAGUGGUGGAGGAAGAGCUGUAGUCAGGGUGGAUGUGUCUCUGGAUGGGGGCCUAACCUGGCAGGUGGCUGAGCUGGAUGGAGAGGAACAGCGCCCCCGAAAGGCCUGGGCCUGGCGACUAUGGCAGCUGCAAGCCCCUGUACCACCUGGGAAAACGGAAUUGAACAUUGUUUGUAAGGCUGUAGAUGACAGCUACAACGUGCAGCCAGACACGGUGGCCCCAAUCUGGAACCUGCGAGGAGUGCUCAGCAACGCCUGGCACCGUGUCCAUGUCCAUAUCGCCCCAUAGAAGGUGAAAUGGAACCAUCUACUCUUCAGAAUCACCUUCUCAACCCCUUUCCACAUCCAUCCUUUGGCCUCAUUACCACAGAAAAAUAUUUCCCUCUACCUCUCCAUGUCUUGGAUCACAACCCUGACUAUGCCUUCCUAAGCCACACAAACAUACACACCACACAUUUCCACCCAGGCAUCCACCCUUCCUUUGACACUGUAUUAUAUACUCCUCCUGGCUACUAACCCUGUGCCAGGAGGUGAGAGCUGUUGGAGCAGAGGACCAGAAGUGGGAAAUUCUGGAAAUAAGCACUAUUUUCUCUACCUACCCUAUCUCCUUUUCUAAUGCUCAUCACCACUGAAGCCUUAUUUUGCUUUUCUUCUUAGGGUCUUCAGAGAAUGUGUGAGAAUAUGUGUAAGAAAACUGUAUACAAUUUUUUACUGCCUCUGUAGUUUGCCAGGGGUUGUGAGGGGCUCAACCCUCUUCUUUUAUAGUUACACUUUUCUAAAUACUUCAAUAAAGUAUCUGUUUAAGACUACCA